GUCAGCUAGUCGUCAGCUGCGUCCUUCCAUCGUCAGAUGACUGCCCUCCGGUGUGAACUCGCUGUCUCGCGAGCACCCUCGUCCCUCCGAACCAUCUGCCGCACAAUAUUGCAUUUCAUUCCCAAGCCCACCGCGGACCCGAGUCGCCAUUUAUAAUGCCUUGCGCAUCCCUCGCGGAACCCCCUAACGAGCGGCCAUGGCGACCUCUAGCCUCCUCUUAGUCCUCGCGCUUCAGCUCUCUGGCGCACUGGCGCACAACAAUGGCCUCGCACUGACCCCUCAGAUGGGCUGGAACACUUGGAACCACUUUGGCUGCGACAUCUCUGAGGAUACCAUCCUCAGUGCCGCCAAGUCUUUCAUCGACUAUGGGCUGCCGAACUAUGGUUAUGGAUACAUUCUCAUGGACGACUGCUGGCAAGCUCCGGCACGCAAUGCAACCACUGGUGCUCCGAUCGCGGACCCCACGAAGUUUCCGAACGGAGUAGCAUCUCUAGCCGAUCAGAUUCAUUCUCUCGGCCUGAAGUUUGGCAUCUACAGUAGUGCAGGAAUGUAUACCUGCGGUGGCAAAUUCGGCUCGCUAGGCUAUGAGACCAUCGACGCGCAGACGUAUGCAGAGUGGGGCGUCGACUAUCUCAAAUACGACAAUUGCUACAACGAGGGGCAGGCAGGCACUCCAAAGCUCUCUUACGACCGCUAUGCAAACAUGUCGAACGCCUUGAACGCAACCGGGCGCCCAAUUCUCUACUCCAUGUGCAAUUGGGGAGAGGACGGGCCUUGGAACUUCGCACCUACCAUCGCAAAUAGCUGGCGUAUCUCGGGAGAUAUAUACGACAACUACGAUCGCUUUGACGAGCGAUGCCCGUGCACAUCCAUGAUUGACUGUAAAUUAGCGGGAUAUCACUGCGCAAUGACACGUAUCAUCGAUUUCGCAGCUCCCGUCAGCCAGAAGGCGGGCCAGAACCACUGGAAUGAUCUUGACAUGCUUGAGGUCGGCAACGGUGGGAUGACUUACGACGAAUACGUAACGCAUUUCUCGAUGUGGGCACUGCUCAAGAGCCCGCUCAUACUUGGCAACGAUGUGACGAACAUGACGAAUGAAACGCUCUCCGUCAUCACGAACGACGCGAUCAUUGCUGUCAACCAGGACGCGAACGGCUCACCUGUUGAGCGCAUGUGGAACACGCCCAUCUCUACGGGCGGCACGCUCUCCCUGUGGUCAGGCAGUCUCGUCAAUAACACGUACGUCAUCGCGCUGCUGAACACCUCGCCCGACGCGCAGACGGUGAGCGUGAACUUUACGGACGUGUUCAUCGACCAGGGCCCGAGCUACCAGGCGGGGACGUACGAGAUCUACGACCUCUGGCAGAAGGACGACGCGGGCGCGUGGGGCGCAAGCGUCGGCACGUAUACAGGGUCGAUACCGGACGUGCAGAUCGGCACGCACCAGGUGAAGGUGUGGAAGGCUGAACCGACGAGUAGUGUGAGCAGGAGGGACUUGUCGGAGCUUUGACGUGGGAGCCGAGAUUCGGUGGCUGGAUUGGAUGAGCAAAAUCGAGGUGAAUGUAUCAAGAAUGUAUCAUGAGCCGUCACCGCUGGCACUCUGGACUUGGAGUGUUGUGUAAACCAAGGUUCGGGCGAAUGCCCGGUAGCAGAAGUACUGUAUCCCCCCGGAACACCGUGACCCAUCCGUGCGUCUGCUAGGAGUCUGUCUUCUGCUCCGUAACGUGCUGUGGUGAGUCUGUCUUUGGCUCUCUCAACAUC